CCUUCAUGUCUGAGAAAAGCGGUCGACAGCGUACCUCAGCGACAAUGGCAUCUGGACAACCAGCGCCGUUACUCUUUUUAAACCACCUAUCAACUGAUAGUUUUCGCAAGGAGCGCCAAUUGGACACGCGAGCAAAGGCUCACGCAUCGAGGCAAGGCCAUCAGCUUAAAUCUACCCAACCAAAAAACUUCAAGUUCGUCACUUGCUUCUCGAGGGGUGGGACUGGGCGAGACUCGGAUCUCGCUGAGACUAAGGCGUCAACUAAGCCCAGUGGUCGUCCGGCAAAGAGCAAGUCCACGCCCAAAAGAGGUCGUCCGAAUGAUCAGGAUGCCUCUCAGCUGCUACCCAGGGGUAUCUCGCCCCGCGGGAUAGGCGUCGGCGUCUGGGAUCCAUUCAACUCCCUUAUCGUCCCGAACCUUGCACAAGACGAGCAUUUUAUGCUCCACUAUGCAUUCUCUACCACCUGGUCGGCUUUUGGAGAGUCGGAGGGGGGCAAAAACACAUUUGUCCAGCACUGGAUGUGGCGGACCAUGGAGAACCCUGCCACAUUGUAUGCCCAACUACUGGGCUCAUCUACUCACUAUGUCCUCUCCUGCUCCGAGUCCAUGUCCCAUAGUCACACCAUCACCAUGGGCCUGCAAUGGAAGGCCCAAGCUAUCCAAGCCCUACGAUGCGAGAUCGACGGGUACCAGGCAUUCCCUGACGUCGCCAUUGCUGAUAGCGCACUGGUCGCCAUUUUCGUGCUAGCUGUUCACGGGGGGUUUGACCUUUCGCCGCAACCUGAGCCACAUCCAUUGUCACCAUUGGCUACUUACCGCGAUAUGCAUAUAUAUGGUAGGAUGACAUUUGCUGAAGAGCAUGUAAGGGCUCUAUAUACGUUCAUUGAGCAACGAGGUGGGCUUGGGCAUAUUGACCAACCCACAUUCGGAUGUGUCAUGCACCUGCUCGACAUGCUGUACAAUGCUCGCCUGGGGUCGGUGCCGAGAUUUCCCUGCGAUCGCCAGCUGCAAACCAUUCUGCAAACUGAACUAUGGCAACCUGAUCAAAAAGCUACGCAUUUGCUCAAGAUUCUGGGGAAAGCGUUUCGACUAGGGCUUGGGGACGAGUCGUUGCUCCCAACGUCCCAAUUGGACCAAAAUAUGACUGAUAUACUAGCAACCAUGGCUGAGAUCACUGUGGCACUUGAUCACUUCCACCGCGGCGGGCCCGGGGCUCCCGAGUCACUUGAUGUCCUCGCCAACAACUGCGAUUGGGCAUCGCACAAACUCUUGUCAACGACUUCACAACUUAGGCCAGAUGUAGACGAGCUCGAUGCUUGCCAAUUGCUAAUGGAAACAGGGCCCGUAUUGCGAGAAAUUUGUCGGUUGUCAAGUCUAAUUUUCCUUGACAUGAUUAUUUUACCCACUCCACAUCAUGCUCAGAUAAAAUACCGUCACUCCUUGGCGAUGUUGCCUCUGGUGUCCGCAUUACAAGGGAGCGAAUGGAAUGCAGAUGGAUGCGUCUCGGAAUUUCUUAUCUGGGCCACCAUGCUGGGAGCUAUUGCCUCAAGAUUUACAGAACUCCACGGGUCGUACCUUGAUCUUGUUCACGAAUAUCAAGCCAGACGGUGCUCGACGUGGGAGACUAUAAGGCCAAGAAUCAACAGGCAUUUGUGGCUAGAUUGUGUGUGUGACCUACCCGCGGAGAUUGUCUGGUCUGAAGCGCAGCGACGACGUGUUUCUGCGGAUAACUGCACUUAGAGUAGAAUCGUUUGAGACGACAAUACGAG